GCCUCUUCACAUUGAGGAAUUUCCAAGCCUUUUUGUGAUUUCGCUAAAAAUCUAAAUUUUACAUUAAAAAAUGAUACGAUUCCCGAUACAAGACAAGCCGCGGAAAUUGAAAGGGGUAAUUAUUGGAUGUGGUAGUGGGCCAUCUGAACGAAUAAAAUAUUUGAAGAAAUGCGUGACGCAGUUGAUCAGACACGAAAGAAUUGAAGGUCGUGAAGACCGAAUGGAUGAAACUCGAGGUUAUGCUGAGCAGCUGAUCAACCUAGCAAUACAACAUGGAGAUAGACAUAAACGUACAAUGGAGAUUGCAGACUCAUGGCUUCUGGAGAAAGAUCUGGUACACAAGUUAUUUAAAGUGUUAGCACCAAGAUAUCAACAAUACUCUACAUCAUUCACAGCCAUGCAUAGACUACCAGCCAGAUACCCCAGCAGUGGAAGUUUCAACACUGUCUUAGAACUUAAAGGUAACCCUUAUCCACCAGUUAUACCACAUCAGAGAGAAACGCGACAUCUCCUGACAAAUGUACUUCUUUCUGCUGCCAGUAGAGACUAUUACAAAGGAAAGAAUGAAGCAGCACCCAGUGAUAGAGUAACAAGUGCAGAAAGUUCAGGGAAUACUCAGGAAGAUGAUUCUAAAGAUAACAGUGCUGAAGACAGUGUUACAGUGAAUGUUUCUAGUGAAAGUUCUGAAAGACCUGCAGACAAUUCCGGUGCUAGAGGCCCCACUACUUAAUUCAUUCUAGUGUUUAAGAAUCAAAUAAAAUCUUACAAAUAAAAUAUG